AAUUGAUCCAACACAAUACACUACAACACACAUAACAAUUUGAAGAAUGGAUCCAGAAGUAAUUGAACAAUUCAAGACCAUCACUAAUACAAACGACAGUGUUGCUCAAUUCUAUCUUGAAAGUGCUGGGGGAGAUUUCGAGACAGCCAUUACCAACUAUUUUAGCAAUGCUGAAUCUGGAGCCUCUCACGGAGGAGUUUCUUCAUUCACUGAUGAUGAUGGAGAUGUAAAUAUGACACCACAAGCUACUCCAAUUUCUUCGGUACCAUCCGGAUCUUCAGGAGGAAGAACAUUGGGAGGAUCAAGUGUUCCAUCAUCAAAUCAACCAACAACUUCAUCAACAUCAUCCAAUAGUAGUAGUACUUCAAAGAAGCCUGUUACUAGUAGUGGAGGAGGUAGAAAGUUUGCAUCACUCAGGGAUUAUAGUGGUGAUGAUGAUGAUGAAAAACCAAAUUCUAAAGACAACAGGUAUUAUGCUGGCGGUAGUAGAAAUUCUGGACAACAAAUUAUUGGUGCCAAUGAUAGUGACGAUGAUGAUGACGAAAAUCACUUUGCUGAUAAAGUUUUCAAAGCAGCUCAAGAAAGAGGAGCUAAAACCAGAUCCGAAUAUGAUGAUGAAUUGAAACAAAAUAAGCCAAAGUUUGAAGGAAGUGGAAGAAGAUUAGGUAACACUGAAGCAUCUAGUUCUCUCAUUAAAGCCGAAGAAAAGAAAAAGGAAAAGGAAGUCACAAUUACAUUCUGGGCCGAUGGUUUCACUGUUGAUGAUGGUCCAUUGAGACUUUAUGAUGAUCCUCAAAAUGUUCAAUUCAUGGAAGCAAUCAAUAGAGGAUUUGCUCCAAGAGAAUUGGCAGAACCUGGUGUUGAUAUUGCUGUAAAUUUACUCAAUAGAAAGACUGAUAAGUGGGCAGAACAACCAAAGCAAUUUAAAGCCUUUGUUGGUUCUGGUAGAUCUUUGGGAGCACCAACUUCCUCAAGCUCAUCUUCAAGCUCAUCAAGCUCAUCUUCAAGUGUACCAAAAACUACUGUAUCAUCAUCUAGCUCUUCAAAUCUCAAAGUGGAAGUGGACAAUAACAAGCCAACAACAUCAUUGCAAAUAAGAUUGGCCGAUGGUGGUAGAUUGGUUGGAAAAUUCAAUCUCACUCACACAAUUGGACAUAUUAGACAAUUUAUUAGACAAUCUAAACCUUCUGCAGAUUUUGAUAUCAUGACACAAUUCCCUAACAAGGUUCUGACAGAUGACCAUUUAACCAUCGAAGAAGCAGGUCUUAAGGGAGCCACCAUUAUUCAAAAAUUAAAAUAAAUUAUAAAUGUAUUAAUUAG